AUGGCAAACCGUAGCGGCAGUAUGUUUACUACGAUCCUUUUUCUUGGUCUAAUUGGGAUGAUGUGUUCAUCCAUUGUCCACGCGAGGCGAUUAGGAGGUAUAGAUGUGCUCUCAAACAAAAACCAAGGUGGAGUAAAUGUGAUCGCCGGCAACAACAAAAAUGGUGUAAAUGUGCUUUCAGACAAUAACCAAGGCGGAGUAAAUGUGCUUUAUGACAACAACCAAGGUGGAGUAAAUGUGCUCUCGGAUAAGAACCAAGGCGGAGUAAAUGUGCUCUCCGAUAACAACAAAAAUGGUGUGAAUGUGCUUUCAGACAACAACCAAAAUGGAGUCAAUGUACUCUCUGACAAGAACCAGGGUGGAGUUAAUGUACUUUCUGAUAACAACCAAGGCGGGGUGAAUGUGCUCUCAGAUAAGAACCAGGGAGGAGUAAAUGUGCUCGCCGACCAAAACAAAGGAGGGGUUAAUGUUAUCUCUGACAAUAACAACAAUGGUGUAAAUGUUCUUUCAAACAAGAACCAAGGCGGAGUAAAUGUACUUUCUGACAAGAACCAAGGUGGAAUGAAUGUGCUUUCUGACAACAACCAAGACAAAAACCAAAACGGAGUGAAUGUACUUUCUGACAAGAACCAAGGUGGAGUAAAUGUGCUUUCUGACAACAACAAAGGAGGAGUGAAUGUUCUCUCAGAUAAGAACCAAGGUGGAGUGAAUGUGUUCGCAGACCAAAACAAAGGCGGUGUUAAUGUGCUCGCUGACAACAACAACAAUGGUGUAAAUUUUCUUUCAGACAAAAACCAAAACGGAGUGAAUGUACUUUCUGACAAGAACCAAGGCGGAGUGAAUGUGCUCUCAGAUAAGAACCAAGGUGGAGUAAAUGUGCUCGCCGACCAAAACAAAGGAGGUGUUAAUGUGCUCGCAGACAACAACAACAAUGGUGUAAAUGUGCUUUCAGACAAAAACCAAAACGGAGUGAAUGUACUUUCUGACAAGAACCAAGGUGGAGUAUAUGUGCUUUCUGACAACAACAAAGGAGGAGUGAAUGAGCUCUCCGAUAAGAACCAAGGUCGCGUGAAUGUGCUCACAGACAAAAAUAAAGGCGGUGUUAAUGUGCUCGCUGACGACAACAAAAAUGGUGUGAAUGUGAUUUCAAACAAAAACCAAAACGAAGUGAAUGUACUUUCUGACAAGAACCAAGGUGGGGUAAAUGUCCUUUCUGACAACAACAAAGGCGGAGUGAAUGUGCUCUCCAACAAGAACCAAGGGGGAGUAAAUGUUCUAUCAAACAAGAACCAAGAUGGAGUAAAUAUUCUCGCAAACAAGAACCAAGGUGGAGUAAAUGUGCUCGCCGACAAAAACAAAGGUGGAGUAAAUGUACUUGCAAAUGGAAAUAAAGGUGGUGUUAACGUGCUCGCAUACAAAAACAAAGGUGGUGUAAAUUUACUCAUAAACAAAAAUGGAAGUGGUUCAGAUGUUGUACCAUACAAGAAAGACAAUGGUGCAAAUGUGACCGCAGAUAACAACAACGGUGGUGAGUAUGAACAUCAAUACUAA